AUGGCGGGAGAACUCACUGCCCCGCCUGUUCUAUCGACGCCCGACACCCUCCUCUUGAGCGAGGGGCUUCCGGAAGAUACACGAAACCCGGUGGAAGUUCUGUCUGAUGAGCAGCUGACGACACGAUACGAAAUCAACAGGACGAUCAAUGAGAUCAGACAGCGAAAAUGGAAGCGAGUGGCCCUACAAUUCCCGGACCAGAUGCUCCCCCAUUCGGCCCGAGUCUACCAACUUCUGGCUCGAGGUCUGCGAGAAAGGGGGGCAUCGCAGGAAAAUACCAGAGAAGGUCCGCUUUCGCCCGAAGCCGAAGUUGCUGCUCUCUCGAUCGACGACGACAAGCCGGUGAGACUGACCAUCCUCGGCGACACAUCCUACGGCUCCUGUUGCGUGGACGAGGUCGCGGCAGAACAUGUUGAUGCAGACGCCGUUGUGCACUACGGCCGCGCGUGCCUGUCGCCGACGGCGAGACUGCCUGUUAUGCAUAUAUUCACCACCAUAGACCUCGACUACGAGGCUGUGGUUAUGGCUUUCCGAGAUUCUUUUCCGGACAUCGACACAAAGGUGGUCCUGACCGCCGACGUACCGUACGCAGCACAUGUCCAGCCCGUGACUGCGAUGCUGGAACGACUCGGGUAUUCGAAUGUGUUUGCAGCAUCCAUUGUCCACGAUCCUUCAUCUUCGAUACCUAACCGCACAGUGCCCAAGUCUGUAAUUGAGGAUCCAUCUUCUCUUUUGCAAUGGAGCCUAUUCCACAUCUCUGAGCCGCCAACGUCUUUACUUCUCACCUUGACAUCCCGUAUGGCAAGUGUCAGAGUAUAUCCUACCGAUACAAGUAGCACCUCAGCCUCGACGUCUGCGGCGCUUGAGACUUCUACAAGACUCCUUCUCCGUCGACGCUACGCCAUUGUAACCUCGCUUGCUACUGUCCCUGUCUGGGGGAUCCUUAUCAACACGCUAAGUGUCAAAAACUACAUGGAUAUUCUGUCACAUAUUCAACGGAAGAUUGCCGCCGCGGGCAAGAAAUCCUACCUCUUCGUUGUGGGCAAACUCAAUCCGGCCAAGCUUGCCAAUUUUUCCGAGAUCGGCGGCUGGAUUGUCAUUGGAUGUUGGGAAAGCUCCCUCGUCGACAGCAAGGAGUUCUAUAGACCAAUCAUCACACCGUUUGAAUUGGAGUUGGCCUUGCAGACUGACGAGAGUCGACUUUGGACAGGCGAAUGGCGAGCAGACUUCCAGAGUGUGCUGGAAACCGCUACUAAACAGGCAGAGCAGACCCGUACAGCGGAGACCGAAGCUGGUGAGCUAAAUGGUGCAGCGGAACAUGAUGCCGAGCUUGACAUGGAUUCCGAGUCAGAGUCAGAACCGCCAGAAUUCGAUCUUCGCACGGGGCGAUACGUUUCGCGCACACGGCCCAUGCAAAGCCCUCGCACAGGCCGUGGCACAACCCAACAGCUAAUUUCCGGGGUUACUGCAACGCAAUCAGAUGCGCUCACUAGGCGCGGUAGAGGGGACAUGGUCGCUGUCAACGGCACCGCCUCACCCGGUGCUGAGUACCUUGCACAAAAACGCACCUGGCGUGGCCUGGGCAGUGAUUUCGAAGUCAGAUAUGAGAAGGACGCAGAGGAAGAGGGCAGCGUGGUCGAGGAAGGCAGGACGGGUGUCGCGAGAGGAUACACCGUGGGAGAAUCCGUGCGGAUGUGA